CGCCAGUGUUAGGAAACAGGACGAGACAAGACCAGAGUAAAUAACCAAAACAAGUUGGAUUCUUGGGGGCAGUCGUAUCCAAUCCGACCUGCUGAUUACGCGCCACCAGAACGUUCGCUCUGCAGUUCUUUGACAUUGUACAUCAAAUCUGUGGUAAUGGCGGAGACACCGACUACGUCACCAAAGGGCGUUUCAACUUUAAGCUCCUCGGCGGAAGCAACCUGACUUUGCUGACCAUCAUUUUCGUUGUCCUGGUCGCGGCCAUCGCCCUGCUUGCAAAGAUAACUUUGCCAAAGGGAGCGUCAGUACGGGAGACCACCCAAGACGAUGGUGAAACUCUGAACGACCAGUAUUUCAGAGUGAGAGUUCGCAAAGACACGGGUGCUGCCCAGCCUGAAACCAUCCCCGAUGCUCCCGACUCUACUACUGCCGAGGAAAUGACGACAAGCUCUGCAAAAGCAGUGUCAACUAAAUCGCUGACAGGAGCGGAUGCAGCGAGCACUGCGAAAGCUGCACAGAAAAAGCAGAGUGAAAUUUACGCUUCGGAGACAACCAACGGAACUACAAGAACUGCGCCAGUCACCAAAAGCAGUCCAUCAAAGUCUCCGUUAAUGACGACUUUGAAGGAAGCGGGCCAUGCAACGGGAACGAUGACUGGGCCAAGGACUCGGAGCAGCACUGUCACUACAGCCGCUCAGGACAAAGCAAGUGACACGGAGACGGCACUGGCAAAGGGCGUACUCCUGUGCGCAGCGGGCGACUUUGCCGUAGAAGAGGACAUGUUUCCUACAGACGGACUGUGCGACCUGCUGUUUUACACACACGUUCGGUUUCUGGAAAAUGACUUCCAAGGCCGGUACAACGUGAAGAGCUGGAAGACCUUCAGGCGCUUGGCACCGGCCUCCCGUAAGACCGGCUUCGGCAUGUCGUUCAGCUACCGGGAGGCCGACGACGUGAGAAAAGCUCUGAAUGCCACCGGCAGACAAAGGCUUCUGCAAUUAUACAAGGAAAAAAUACAACACCAUGGCAUCCUGAGAGCAACUUGUGACCCCAGAACGCUUAAAUCGGACUUAGCUGGCAAGCUAAAGCUAAUAACCGAGCUCAAGAAAUUUCAGGACGAGUUAAGCACCUCGCUGACAGCCGGCGUUGGCAAGUCCGAGCUCGCGCUGGGUAUCCAGUUUACAAACUACCAGGACGAAGCUGAGGUUGCGCAUCAUCCGUCGGCAAUGCUGGAGAUGACAAGGCGACUUCCCAUCACAAUAUUAGUUGUGCGAACACACAUUGACCGUCGGGUAGGAAGUGCUCCCGUGGUUGGUACCUUGGUCGACAAGUUUGAAGGUUCACGUGGCAAGUCCAUGAACGUUCCUACAUUGACCAGUGCCAUCUCAAGCCUGAAGGCUGCCAAUAUUACGGGCUACGUGAAAGUGCUGUUGUCUUUCACGAUGAUUGUUGGACACUUCCACCUGAACCAAAGCUUCAGUCGGCCCUCUCGGCCUUCCAGCACCUGGGAAGCCAUGUCGUGGACCAUGGAUGGUUUUCAGAAGACAUGUAAGAACAACGCGACUUUUGACGUCGUUGGAGAGGGUACUCUGCGAUACGAGGGAAUAAAGGGCACGGAAGUCUUCUGUUUUGAAGACAGCUUUACCAUCACGGAGAAGGCGAGACUAGCGAACAUGGACUACAAGCUAAUGCGAAGCUGGGCCGUCUUCGACGCGGAGUUUGAAGACUACAAGAACAUCUGCGGCAAAGGAUCUUUUCAGAGAAUCUCCGAACUGAAACAAUUUCUUGAAAAAUUUUCUUAGUAGUUUCUCGGCCUCUGAAAUCAAAUGCGUACAUAAUGUCACAGCAUGAAGUCUACAGCUGAGAAAGGCGUGCGCAUAUGUUUAGGUCUUUGCGAAGGGCGAAUCUAUAUGUGCGCCUUGUUUCAUGUUCGCUCGCGUUUGUUGUUGAAAAAUUGUUGAAGCACCGAUACUUUAGUAAAUGGCUUUGGCUAAUAAAUACACAUAUAGGUACCUGA